AUGAGGGGUGGCGGUAUGAUCCCCUGUCUUCGAGCCUUGAGUGGACAAAAGAGUUUCCAGAAAGAGAGGAGGACAAUGGCCAGUGGGAAUGGGCUCCCUUCGUCCUCAGCCCUGGUGGCCAAGCGCUCCUCUGCCCUGGGCCCAUUCCCCAGAUACAUCUGGAUCCACCAGGACACACCCCAAGACAGCCUAGACAAGACUUGCCAUGAAAUCUGGAAGAGAGUUCAAGGUCUACCUGAGGCCUUGCAGCCUAGGACUUCCAGGGAACAGCUCUCUGCCCCACUGGGAGAGCCUUCCAGAGGCCACCAGCUCAGCUUCCAAGAAGAAGCUCUGGAGUUCAGCAGUGGCAAGGAUGAGAUCUCCCUGUUGGUGGAGCAGGAGUUCCUGAGCCUCACCAAAGAGCACCUCGUCCUGGUCAAAGAGAGCUCGGGGAACAUGGAGGUGCCUGGUGACUCUUCCAAGGGGACCAGAGAGCCAGCUCCCUGCACUUUUGUGCCUCUUCUGUCACCUUCUCCGGCGGAAGGCAGCAGUGAGUGCCCUGGAGCCUCCAUCAUUGCCGGUGACAAGCUUCUGGGGCAGAAGGUGGCCAUGUCCGUUAUCGGCAGCCGGAAGGACUGUGAUUCUGCCACAUCCACAGUCACGGGCAUCCUGCGUGCUGCAAAGGUCAAGAGCACCAAAGGGACAGAGGACAGGGACCACAGUCUGGGUGCCUCCAACUCAGAGAUCAGCAAGCUCCUGGCCCAGUUCCCGCUGAAAUCCACUGAAAUGUCUAAGACCCCCGACAACAAGAUGGUGCUGGAGGAGACAAGGGUCAUCAAGGACUUCCUACAGAACAGCAUGUUCAGUGGCUCUAGCCCCAGGGAGCCCACGGGGCUGGGUCCGUUCCUGUGGCUGCCGCCCCUACCUCGUCCUGCACCCGCCAACAAGCUCCCUGAGCUCCCUGCUCAGAAGAACCAGCUUCCUGUGUUUGCCAAGAUCUGCUCCAAGCCCGAGGCUGACCCCGCUGUGGAGAGGCACCACUUGUUGGAACGGAACCUUGGCACCAAAGAGCCGAUCAAGGGUCGAGAGAACUUCCUUCUCAGUCAGUGGCCCCAGAGCCGGAAGGACACUUGUGGUGAGGAAGGUUGUAGCCACCCUGUGGGCACCAUGGCCCUGCCAGCCAAGAAGCCUGCAUGUCCAGCCGAGAAGAACCUACUCUGUGAGUUCCUCGGGACCACCAAGAACCCAAGCGGGCAGCUGAAGCUUCGCAGUAAAGUGGAAGCGGAUGGACUGGAGCUGAAAUUUAACCCACCCGUGAUGACUGCUGACAAGACCAACUUCAAGAGCACGGGGAAUACUUUCACCCCACACUUUGCCACAGCCUUGACCUCAGCAACCCUGAACCAGCCAUUCUGGCUGAACAUGAGCUAUCCACCCCCGCCGGUGUUCACAAAUCAUUCCACCUUUCCUCAGUAUCAGGGCUUGUACCCACAGCAGGCAGCGAGGAUGCCCUAUCAGCAGGCUCUGCACCCCCAGCUGGGUUGUUACUCCCAACAGGUGACACCGUACAACCCACAGCAAAUGGGGCAGCAGAUUUUUCACUCUUCCUACACCCCCCUGCUGAGCUACAUACCCUUUGUCCAACCCAACUAUUCCUACCCACAGAGGACACCUCCAAAGUUGCCUGCCAACCCCCGAGACCCUCCCACCAUGGCAGGAGAUGGGCCGCAGUUCCUCUUCCCCCAGGCCUAUGGGUUCGGCUCAACAUCUGGAGGCCCCCUGAUGAAUAGCCCCUAUUUUUCCUCCAGUGGGAAUGGCAUAAAUUUUUAGAUCUCCUUUUCUUCACCCCCUUCCUCCCUUAGCCCUUGGAUCAGGGCUGAGGGCUCUGGAAUUCUGGAUUCUGCAACAGCUUGGUAUGAAGGUUGGAAAGCCAAGGUUCUGACCAGGUCACAGACAGAAAACAUCAAGACCAGAUUCAUCUAUUGACCAACACUCACAUGCACACAGCCUCCUUACACGCAGCACAAGCUACAUGCACACACACACACCCCUCAUAUUCAUACUUGCUUGCUCAACCACUUAAGCACUUGUAUUUAGCUAACAUGAGUGAUUUUUGUUUCUGUUGUUGGUAAAAUAGAAGUAAGACACUUAAUUUUAGAAAGUUUGUAUUUUAUGAUAAAAGUAUGAGCUGCUUGCAA